AGUAUGCUACUGGCAAUGGCAUUUUUCAACUGAAAACCAAAAUGUGACAUGCCAUUUAUUUCAAGGAAAUGAGGCUGAUGACAAUUAUUGCUCAGUUUUGGAACCUAGCAGUUAUUCUGAAAACUAAGUUCUUCUCCCAUAAAGGGAAAUUAAUUUCCCAUGGGUUUCAGUGCCAAUGUAGUGCUAUUUGUAACUAGGCGGGUGGUCUUUAAAGGUAGCCAGAAACUUGAGGUAUAUGUCAGGCUGUCCUCACAGCCAAGUCUGCCCAGUACAAAUACAUAUCUGAAAAACAAGAAAUUAACUAUGAAAAUGCACACACACCUCCACAGCAACAAAAGAACUCACAGAUGGGAAAUGUUUGUGUUUAGAAUCUCAGGAUAUCUGCUUCUUGCAAUACCAUUUAUUCAUACAGAAAUACAUAGAAGUAGUUGAGGGCAGUCUUUAACAUUGUUUCUGCUUGUUGUGUUUAUCCCUGUCUUGCCCUGCAAUGGGAGGAAGAAGAAAUAUGUGUGUGCAUACAAAAUUUCAUGCUGUUGUGCAGUAUGGUGUCUUUAUAUGUAAAGAAACACUGUCUGAAAAAGGGUCUGUAAGUUUAAGUGUGGAGUGAGAGGAGGAGAAGAGGGUCUUGAUGGAAUAGGGUAUAAUUCCCAUGCAACUUAAAGAUUUUUGCCUUUAUGCCUGCAUAAUUUGUUACUUUUCUUUCUGGUACACACAACUAAUUUAAGAACUGAAAAAAUUUUAGAAAUUCCAGUGGACAAAAUUAUUAGGCUAGAGUUUAGAAUUAAAACUUUAGCUCAGAUCCAUAUAGGACUAAUGCACAGAAUCACUACUCACUUUUUAGCGUGUCAUUUUAAAAAAAAAAAAAAGCUAGUCGAAUUCCUUUGCCUGAUGCAUAAGGCAGUGUUGUGGGAGUUUUGGAGAAUUGGUUGUUUUAGGUUAAAUUCAUUUCAGUUAGCAGAGAAGUCACCUACCAGUGUAAACAUGGCUUUCUGGUAAUGGGCUCGGCUUCAUCUCAUGGAUAGUGACAGCAACAGGAAAGCAGUCUUGCAACAAUUGGUAAGAUAUUCGAGAAACUGGUUGCCAGGUUUGCUUAAUACUUGGUAUAAAAAUGGGUGCUUCCUGUCCUAGGAAAAACAAUACACCUUGAUUUUGUAUUUGCAGAACUCAGUCUAAAUACAAAAUAAGUAACGAUGCGGACUGCUGUACUGCAGAAUGAAUGCAGUUUCAGGUGUCAUCUUCCAAGUAAGUUUGUUCUAAUCAGAACAGAUUAUAUGGGAAGUAGCAGCAAAUCUCAUUAUAAAUUAAGCUGCUCACUAAUACUUUUGGCCUUUGCUUUCAGAAAAAAAUAUAUUUCAGUCUAUUACCUGAUCUCUGAGUUUUGUAAUAAAAAAAUCAGUCCUGGGGAUGUGAUGUACCUGCUUUUAAUUCUGCUCUUUUCUCUGAUCUAUAAGGCAUAGUGCUGAUAUGAAUUCUCUCCAUGCCUGUGAGCCUGUAAAGGAAGGUUUGGCACUAAUUUUGAUUAGAGGGAGCCCUGAAAAAAAUGUUUAUAGUGAUUAGCAAGUAAAACAGGAAAUAUGGGAAGAUCCUCAGAGUAAAGUCUGAAGACUUCAAAAUGAAACCUUUUAGAAAAAGAAGGGCAGAGAGAAACAGGGGAGAGUCACAGCAGAAAACGGAUAGAAAAAUGGUGUAAUUGCAUGAGUACCACCAUGCCCAUUUCCUCGGGUGAUCUAAUUUGAAGCAAUAGGAAGGAAUUAGUUACAAAAUGCAACCCAAACAGCUUUUAUGAGAUCAUGAGAGAAGCCUCAUUGCAGAGCCUAAAACAACUCAUGAGGAAACAGAAGGAAAAUAUAGCAUGACAUCAUUGCUUCUAAAAUCAGCCUUCUCGCUUUUGAUAGAGCCUCAGUUUUUUUGUUCUCUGACUACAGUUUUCCUAUUGAGUAAACCCUAAGCUCAUUCUUGAGUUACUUUUCUGAUGUUCACAGGAGCGUGGGAAGAAGGCUUGGUUUGUCCUGUGAGCACUCAAACAGUCCUGCCUCUGUGUUACUGGGGUGGAUGUUUAGUUGCUUCAGGCUUAGGGAACGAUGACGCAUGAAAAUGGAGAAACUGUCUGGCUUUGGCUUUGCACAGUGCAAAACAGCAGGCAUUUAAAAAAAGAGCCAGGCCUUUUGUCCUGUACAAGUUACAUGUACUUAGGUCAGAACUGUAGCUAUGCAUACUCGGCUGUAAGCACAGAGUAAAACAACCUGAGAAAUAGCAGGAUUUAAUUCAUGAAACAGUUCAGCUGCAUAAUGCUCCAGAAAAGUAAUUAGAAUGUGACAAUAAGUCUGCCUGGCAGUUUCUGACCAGUGUUAUCCGGGCUUCUGUACUCUCUGCAAAGUGGCUGAGACUCAGCUUGGUGUUUUUGUGAGGCUGCCCCAAGUUAGCAGCAAGUGUUGGUUCCCCCUUAGGGCCGUAUCUGCCAAGUUCUGGUAUUAAUCCUCUGUAGUGUGAGGCAAUAUGUGGCCUUCCAUACAGAAGCUUAGACAUAUUUAUCAUUUGACAGCUCCCUUCCCUGUGUAAGGUAGAAAAAAUGUUGAGCUGCAGUGGGGCUGAGCAACCUGCCUCAUGUCACAGAACAUCUUCAAUAUAAUCUGCGUUCUCAGGAGGGGCACGUUUCUAAGCAGUCACCAGGAAAUGAGAUUUUUGAAGUUCCUUCCUGAGUCUGACUUCUAGACAUAUUUCAUUUGGAAGAUCAUAAAGGAGGAUCUUUUAGAAAGGAAACUGCUACUUAAAGACACAUGCUUGGAAAGGACAAUGAGUUUAGACAGCGAUAUUCAUCUAUUGUUCUGCUAACUGUUAAGCACUUCCACUUCUCCAUCUCUGGAAUCAUAUCCCAGUCACCCAGUUCCUGUGAAUACGAAAUGACUGAAUCAAACUGAGGAGGUCAAAAUACUUUCCAUAUUUAAAACCUUGUAAUCUUUUGUUAGUUUAGAAGAGCAAAACUUCUAAAGUUCUUGAGAGAUGGCUUUAGAGACAUGUGGAAGCUGUUUGAGCUGUCUGCUGAUACCUCUUGCCCUUUGGAGUAUUGUUGUUAACAUCCUAUUAUACUUCCCUAAUGGGAAAGCUUCACACGCUGCCAGUUACCAGCUUCCCAACUACGUGUGGUAUUUUGAAGGGAUCUGUUUCUCAGGUGUGAUGAUCCUUCUGUUGGCAGUAAUUCUGAUAACGCUGGAGUGUAGCGUGUUCUAUCGGUGCUGCCAGAGUGAGAGCUGUAACAAAACCUACAGGAGUUUUAUUUCGAUUGUGUUAGCCCUGCUUGGAGUUGCUUUCUCUGGAUACAGUUGCAUCAUUUUUACCUUGGGGUUGAUCCAAGGCCCGUUCUGCAAUUCAUCAGGUGGAUGGGAUUAUAUCUUCAAAGACACAGCUGGAGGGUAUCUCACAGAUUACCCUGCUUGGUCUCGGUGCACCGAACCUGCAAACAUAGUGGAGUGGAACACCAUUUUACUCUCUAUUCUGAUAGCUCUUAGUGGACUGCAGUUGAUCAUCUGUUUUCUCAAAGUGGCUGCUGAGCUGAAACGGACACUCUGUGGGACCUAUUCUGUUUUUGUCCAGGCUGGGAUUCUCUGAAAAAGAAAAGGAAAUCUUCACUAGUACUUCCCACCCCCCAGAAAAAGAGAGACAUGCCUUCUCCAACAUUUACGAUGGUAGAUUUGGAUGCUGCAAAGACAAAUGAAACCCGUGUCUAAAAUCUUUGUCACUCAAGGCUCUCUGUUUUGGAUGAACUUAUUUGAACCGUUUGACAUCUACAUUUUUCUAGUUGUUUUCUAACAUGGCCGGUUGUCCCCAGCUGUCUUUUUUAUACCCUUCAGCUUGUUCCUACAAUAGGGAAGCUUGAAUACCAUGGAACUCCUUUUGUAUUGAAAUCACCUUUUUUUUUUUUUUUUAAAUAAACUGCUGUAAAACUGC